CGACCCCAGCAGCACGAGUGUGAGCGCGGCCGAGCCCGCGGUGCCUUCCCCGGCGGGUAGGAACAAGCGGGCCCCGCAGCGUCAUCGGCGGCGAGGAGCCGCCGCGCAACGGCCUAGGCAUGUCGGAAGUGGGUGAGGAGCAACCCAUGGAGACGACAGGCGCCACCGAGAACGGACAUGAGGCCGCCCCUGAAGGCGAGUCGCCAGCCGGGUCUGGCAUCGGGGCUGCGACAGGGGCCGGCAUCGGCACCGGGACCGCGGCCCCCCCGGCUGGGAAUCAGAAUGGCGCCGAGGGAGACCAGAUCAACGCCAGCAAGAACGAGGAGGACGCGGGAAAAAUGUUUGUUGGUGGCCUGAGCUGGGAUACCAGCAAAAAGGACCUAAAAGACUAUUUUACCAAAUUUGGAGAGGUCGUUGAUUGUACAAUAAAAAUGGAUCCCAACACUGGACGGUCAAGAGGGUUUGGGUUUAUCCUCUUCAAAGAUGCAACCAGUGUGGAGAAGGUGCUAGACCAGAAGGAGCACAGGCUGGAUGGCCGUGUGAUUGACCCCAAAAAGGCCAUGGCCAUGAAGAAGGACCCAGUGAAGAAAAUCUUUGUUGGGGGUCUGAAUCCUGAAGCCACUGAGGAGAAGAUCAGGGAGUACUUUGGCGAGUUUGGGGAGAUUGAGGCCAUUGAGCUUCCCAUGGAUCCGAAGUCGAACAAAAGACGAGGCUUUGUUUUCAUCACCUAUAAAGAAGAGGAACCUGUGAAAAAGGUUCUGGAGAAAAAGUUCCACACUGUUAGUGGAAGCAAGUGUGAAAUCAAGGUGGCCCAGCCCAAAGAGGUCUACCAGCAGCAACAGUAUGGCUCUGGGGGCCGUGGAAACCGCAACCGAGGGAACCGAGGCAGUGGUGGUGGUGGUGGAAGUGGAGGUCAGAGUCAGAGUUGGAAUCAGGGCUACGGCAACUACUGGAACCAGGGCUACGGCUACCAGCAGGGCUACGGGCCCGGCUAUGGCGGCUACGACUACUCGCCCUAUGGCUAUUACGGCUACGGCCCCGGCUACGACUACAGUCAGGGUAGUACAAAUUACGGGAAGAGCCAGAGACGCGGUGGCCACCAGAAUAACUACAAGCCAUACUGAGGCUGCAGCAGGCUCAACCAGCUGACUGUACCGCUCCGUUUGGAUAUCAGUGAACACAAUUAUGUACCAAAUUUAACUUGGCAAACUUUCUAUGGCCUGUCCCAUGUGCAUCUUAUUUAAAAUUUUCCCCUGGAAAUCACUUUCCCGUUUACUAUUUCCAGAGCUCUAGUUGUGUUAGGCAGCGUGUGGUGUAUCAGAGGCCGAGCAGCAUCAUGGGCCGAUUUUAUUACCAGGUUCCCCAGAACCAGAUGGGAGGGUCUGUGCCCAGCUGCUACUCUGUAGCCUGGGCCUAUGGACCCUGGUGGUAAAGAGUAAACUGUAUCUUAGGAAACCAGUGUCACCUUUUUUCACCUUUUAAUUUUAUAUUAUUUGUGUCAUACAUUUCCUGUAAUGGAAGUGUUAAUUUUACUGUACUUUUUGGUACCUUUUGGGAAUCUAAUGUAUUGUAAGGUAUUUUACACGUGUCCUGAUUUUGCCACGACCUGGAUAUUGAAGCUAUCCAAGCUUUUGAAAUAAAAAUUUAAAAACCCCCAAGCUUGGGUGAGUGUGGG